AGGCUGGAAUGGGUGGAAAUCAUUGAACCUCGCACGCGGGAGCGCAUGUACGCCAACCUGAUCACGGGCGAGUGCGUCUGGGACCCUCCCGCCGGCGUCCGCAUCAAGCGGACCAACGAGAACCAGUGGUGGGAGCUCUUUGACCCCAACACCUCCCGCUUCUACUACUACAAUGCCACCACCCAGCGGACGGUGUGGCACCGGCCGCAGAAUUGCGACAUCAUCCCGCUGGCCAAACUCCAGACGCUGAAGCAGAACACGGAGUCCCCCCGGGCCUCCGCCGAGAACAGCCCCGGGCACAGCACCAAUGUCAGCCGAGAAGGGAGCACCAGCUCCUCUCUGGAGCAGGAGCCGGAGGCGGGAGAGAAGGUUCCCGAGCAGAACCGGCCCAGCCGGCAGCCGACUCAGUUUGCCAUCGUUAAGGAAGAAGCAGAGAGCUCCUCACCGCCCGGAGUUUUUGAGAAGGAAUACGAGCUCUACCGAGACUACAGCUCGGAUGGACAACGGCUUCACUACAGGGCAUCUUCUCUCCGGUGGAACACGGGGACGAAGGAGAGGAUGCUGAUCAAGGUGACGGACCGCGAGCCCAGCUUCCUGAUGCACCAGGGUAACGGCUACACCCUUGACCAUCAGCAGGGCACUCGGUCGCGGAGGCCCUCGGGCAGCCAGCCGUCCCCCAACCUCCAAACCUUUGCCACCGAUUCUGACAACUCGGUUUUCUUCCCAGAGCGGAAGCAGUCGCCUUUCCUGAAACGGGCCGAUCAUGUGGGCAGCUGCUCCCCGCUGCUGGGCCGGGGGGAUCCCUUCUGCUCCCCGAUGCAGGGCCAGCACCGUAAGCACUCCAGCGAGUCGCAGCCCUCCUCUCCGCGCUACGCCUACGAGCCACCCUUGUACGAGGAGCCUCCCAUGGAGUACCAGGCCCCCAUCUACGACGAGCCGCCGGUGGAUAUGCAGUUCGAGGCCAGCGGGAGCUACAAGGCGGGCUCGCCCCAAAAGUCGCCCAUCCGCAAGCCCCACCCGUUCCUGCAGUCGCCGAAGCCGGGCUCCAAUUCGCCGUACCAGCAGCUUGUCUUGACCAAGCAGAAAGGCUCGGACCGCUUCAUGAGCCUGGAGUACAGCCCGGCCGGCAAGGAGUACGUGCGGCAACUGGUGUACGUGGAGCAGGUGGGAUCCAGCCCUACCCUGAAGAGCGCCCCCCGGCACAAAUACUCCCCCAACCCCAUCGGCGGUUCCUACUCGCUGCAGCACAGCCCCUGCCUGAUGCGGGACCAGCGCCUGGAGGUCAAAUCCGGGGACUACAGCAGCAUGGAAGCGGCAGAGUUCCGGCACAGCCCUUCGGCCGUCGUGCCGUCGCAGGGGGAGGACGCCAUGUCCUGCUCCAGCCUGCAGAACACCUUGUCCUCCACGGGAUACUCCCCGGGCAGCCGCAAACGAAAGAGCCGGAAGCCCACUCUUUCGUACGACCCCAACACCUCCUCCACCGACGGGUCCGGCGAGCGCGAGGAAGGUACACCAGAGGACAGGCCUCUGUCCGGGUGCAGCCGGUCCCCGGGCGGGCGUCUGGAGAGCCGGUCGGUAGAGGGAGAGCCCAGCAGGGCUUCGGCGGAGCCCUUCCUAGCUCAGGCCCGCCUGGCUUGGGAGGCGCAGCAGGCCCACUACUACAUGAAGCAGCGCAGCAGUUGGGACUCCCAGAAGGACGGUUCGGGGUACGAGAGCGAUGGGGCUGUACCGCUGCCUAUGCCAGGUCCGGUAGUGCGCGCCUUCAGCGAGGACGAGGCGCUGGCCCAGCAGGAGAACAAGCACUGGAAGCGCAACCCCUUUGAGAAGCUUGCCUUUCCGCAGAUCCUGCUGGAGAAGAGUAUCUCCGUGCAGACGAAUUUGGCAUCGCCUGAGCCGUACUUGCAUCCGUCCCAGUCGGAAGACCUGGGUGCCUGCGUCCAGUUCGAGAGCAGCCGACAAAACCGAAACAUGAUGCCCAGCAGCAGCUGUAUCUUCCCCACCUUCAACCUGAGGAAGCCCUCCUCGGAGACGGACAUUGAGAACUGGGCCUCCAAGCACUUCAACAAGCACACGCAGGGCCUCUUCCGGCGCAAGAUCUCCAUCGCCAACAUGCUGGCCUGGAGCAGCGAGUCCAUCAAGAAGCCCAUGAUCAUGACCAGCGACCGGAACGUCAAGAAGGAAGCCUGCGAGAUCUUCAAACUCAUCCAGAUGUACAUGGGCGACCGGCGGUCCAAGGCCGACCAGCUGAGCGUGGCCCUGGAGAUCGCCACCAAAGGCUGGAGCAUGCAGGGCCUCCGCGACGAACUCUACAUCCAGCUGUGUCGGCAGACCACCGAGAACUUCCGCUACGAGAGUCUGGCCCGGGGUUGGGAGCUGAUGUCCAUCUGCCUGGCCUUCUUCCCGCCCACGCCCAAGUUCCAUUCCUACUUGGAGGGGUACAUUUAUAGGCACAUGGACCCGGUCAACGACACCAAAGUUACUCAGCACAUUAAAGAGCUCCUGGAGAGAAAGAGUAAGAAGAAGUCCAAAUUGAGAAAAAAACCCAAACCUUAUGUUGAAGACCACGAUGGGGUGGCGGUAAGCACUUACGCCAAGUAUUGUUACAGCAAGCUCCAGAAAGCAGCGUUGACGGGCGCCAAGAAG